AUGGUUCGGCUCGAGGUGCCCGGGCACGUAUUGCAACACUUCUGGGACCUCGCGAACAUCGAGUCCGAGGUGAGGCGCGAGUCCGCGGUCAACCUGGUGAACGAGCUCAAGCAGGCGCAGGACGAGCACGUCGGUGGGUCCGAUGGCGUGAUGAUGGGCGGCGGCGGCGGCGGCGACUCGAACGGCGCGGUCGACGGCCCGGCGCUGGAGGGAUGCUCCCCCGUGCUGGUGUACGCGCUCAAACGCCUCGCGAGGGGCCUCGGAUCCGGUCGCUCGGGCGCGCGUCAGGGCUUCGCGCUCGCGCUCACCGCCGCCUUCACGGAGAUCCCCCUCGUGUCCCUGCCCGACGGCCUCAAGCUUCUCAAAUCAUCGUUGGAGCCCAUCACGCAGAGCACCAAGGGUGCCGAGGCGAGGGACAUCCUGAUGGGCCAGCUCUUCGGAAUCGCCGCGCUGGUUCGUGCCAUGGCCACGCGCUUCAAGUCCGGAGACCUGCCCCUCGACGACGCCCUCGCCUUUGGCGCAUCCGUCGCGGAGGAAACGUCCAGGCUCGCCGCGUCCAAGGCGUACCUGGCGGAGUCAGCCGCCGCGGUGGUGCUCGAGCUGAGGGCCGCGCUGGGUGCGGGGAUGGGCAAGCUGUUCGACAGGUCGCCGACGCUCACGGAGUGGAUCACCACCCCGGCGAGCAAGGCGGGACCCGAGGUUGUCCAGCUGUGCAUGGAGCUGUGGCCUUACCUCCCGCAGAAGGUCAAGGAGCGGUGCGAGUGCGUGCCCCAGGGCGGGGUCAAGGCGAAGGACUGGGCCGCGGUGUUCCGACGCGACCGCGUGGAGACGGUCCGCGACGCCCUCAUGGAGUCAUCGUACGUCCACCCCAGGGUACACGGCGUGUGGGACGGCCUGAUUCAGCGCGCGGUCGAGGUGCCCGGCGCCGUUGAGACGCUCUGGGACGUCGCGUGCGAACACGGGUUGUUCACGUCGGGGUCGCACCAGCGGCGGUACCUCGGGUUCAGGCUGUUUACGCAGCUGCUGCCGCUGUGCGAGCCCGAGGCUGUGCCUGCUCUCUUCUCGCACGGGUUCAUCCGGUGCCUGCUGAACAACCUGAACAAGGAGGAUAACUACCUGCACGCCGCCGCAGAGGAGUGCCUCGACUGCGUCGUGGCGUACUGCAAGGCGAAGGACACCCCGCAGCAGAAGCGGCUGAGCGUCAUCGCCGCACUUCAACGCCUGGGGCCCAACCGUUUCGAUAAGGUAUCCAAGAGGAACGCGGUCAGGGAGCUCAUCGGCGGUCUGUCCGUGGACGACGCUUCCGGGUACAUGAGGGAGCUCAUGGGCAUCUUUGUCCACGCCCCCGCCGACGGAGCCACGCGGGCGGAGGGAGCGCCGGGCGGCGAACUCGUCGGCAACAAGCGCAGGCUCUGGGCGCUCGAGCAGGCGGUAGGUCUGUGGCCUAAGCUACCCGCGGCGAGCCAGGCGACGCUGGUCAAGUUCCUCGUGACGCACGCCUUUUACCAGUCCGACCCGAACGCGGCGGCUUCGAAGAAGGGAAAGAAGAAAUCCGCCGGGCUCAUCGAGGAUGCCGGCGUGGCCCCGCUCGCCGAGCCCCUCGACGGCCUGAGAGAGGCGUGCGCGGUGCGGGUAUCGAGCUUACUCGAGAGGAACCUAAAAGCUCAGCGCGCGUCAUCGGCCGGCAAGGACGACAAGCCGGCUGAGACGAAGCCGGCCAAGAAGGGCAAAAAGGGGAAGAAGGCGGCGGAUGAGGAAGCCGAGGCGGAGCCCGAGGCGGCCAAGGAAGCCCCCGCGGACCUCCUCUCGGUCGCGGCCGAUCUCUGCCGCGCGAUGGACGCGGAGGGUAGCGGCGCCAGGCUCGUCGACGACAUGCCGCGGGAGUGCGCGGAUGUUCGCGGCUCCCUCUUUGCCGCGCUCGACAAGGUGGCGGACCUGGCGGAGAAGAUCGGCAAGGGCGGCGCCGGGGCGGAUGCCAGCGUCGCCGCGGCUUCCGCCGUGGCUCCCCUGCUCCGCGUGCUCGCGGUGCUCCAGCUCGGGGACUGGCGCGAGUUCACUCCCGCCAUCGAGGACCUGCCGCGCUGCGUCGAUGACCUCGUUAAGGCUCCCGAGCCCAAGAAGGGUAAGAAGACCCCGGCGAAGAAGGGCAAAAAGGGGAAGAAGGAGGAGGAGGAGGAGGAGGAGGAGGAGGACAGCGAGGAGGAGGAGGCACCGAAGCCGAUGGACGUCCUCGUGGACAUCCUGCUCUCGCUCCUCGCGCAACCCUCGGCGCUGCUGAGGGACGUCGUGGAGCACACGUUCAAGGCUGUGGCGCCCGCGGUGAGCGAGGCGAGCGUCGUGGACAUGCUCCGGGUGGUGAUGGCCCGCGACGCCGACAACAGAAACGCCGGCGGAGAGGGUUCGGACGAAGAGGAUGGCGGACCACUCGGCGAACACGACGAAGACGAGGAGGACGGUGGUGAUGACGAGGAGGAGGUGGGCGGCAGCGAUUCCGACUCGGAGGAGGAGGAGCCCGAGGCGAACGGGGAUGCCGAGGCGAUGGAUCUCGACUUUGGGGGCUCAGAGUCGGAGUCGGAUUCGGAGGGAUCGGACGACGACGCCCCCUUUGACGAGAAGAGGGCUGCGGCGAUCAAGGCUGCGCUCGUCAAGGCCGGCGCGCUCAAGGAUGACGACGAUUCGGACACGGACGAGGACCCCGCGGACGCCAUGGACGACGACGCCAUGUUUGGCAUCGAUAAGCUCCUCGGUCAGGCGUUCAAGUCGCGGCGCGAGGAUAUCAACCGCAAGAAGAACCUGAUGCGGGCCACCAGGGACUUCAAGUUCCGCGUGCUCUCCCUCCUCGAGCUGUACGCCAAGUGCCAACCCGCGUCGCCGUACCUCCCCGGCGCGGCGAUGCCCCUCCUGGGCGCCAUGCAGGACGCGCUCAUCGCCGGUACGCCCCAGUCCUCUGCGCUGGCUGAGCGCAUCGGCGGCGUCCUCACCAAGUCGGUGUGCCACGCCAAGGACCUUCCGUCGGGCGCGGGAGCCGAGCCGGUCACCGCGGAGUCCAUCGCGGGCGAGCUGAAACUGGCGAUCCGCGCCGCCGCCAAGCCCGCAGGUGCCGGCGGCGACGCCAAGGGUUUCGCCAAGCCCGCCACCGCCGUCGCCAUGUACCUGCUCCGCGUGCUCGAGGCUGUGUCUCGGCUGGAGAAGAAGAGCGGCGAGGACGAGGCCUCGCCCGACGCGGUGAGCGCCUACCGAGACGCGCUCGAGGUGUUCAAGACCAACAAACGGUGCCGCCUCAAGGCUCCCUUCUUCCAGUCCGCGUUCGAGCGCCACCCGCCGCUCGCGGCUGCGCUCCUCCCGGACCUCGCCGCGCUCCUGGAGGCUGGCGCGGACAAGGAGUCGUCUCGCGGGGAGUACCUCCGGGCGGAGGGCGCCAAGCUCCUGGCCAACGCCCUCUCCCUCGGACGACGCAGGAGUCCCGCGGUCGGCGUCGCCGCGGCCAAGCACCGCGACGCCAUCGGCUCCGCCGUGGCUGCCGCGAUUGAGGCCCCGUGUCGAAACAACGCCGCGAGGGCAGAGACGGCCAAGCUCGCGACGCAGUGCAUGGAGGCGCUCGGCAGAUUAUCGCCGGAUGCGCCGCUGAGCACAGUCGUGGACGCCGACGCCAUCUUAAACGCGGUGAAGAAGCAGUUCGCCGUUCCCGGUAUGCCCCCCAAGGGCGUGAACUCGCUCACCCGCGCGUGCACGCUCCUCGGGCUGGUCGCGCCGGAGGCUGUUCCCGGCGCCGCCGUCGAGCCGAGCAAGAAGGGAAAGAAGGAGAGUGGCGCGAGUGGGGAGAAGGGUGGAAAGAAGAAGGAGAAAAAGAGCAAGGGGGAGAAGCGGAAGGGACCCGACGGCGCCAAGGACGAGGGCAAGAAGGUGAAGAAGUCCAAGAAGCAGAAGGCUUAG